GAGAAAUGUGGGUAGUGUUUUUGGAAGACCUCAACGGAGGCACACAUUCACUGGUGUUGAACAGUUUCCGCCUUUAAACGCGACGCAAGGGGUUCAAGCGAUGAGAUCCCUAAAUUUACUGCUUCUGGGCGCCAGCUGCGCGCUUAUUGUAAGCCUCACAUAUGCCCACCCGCCCGAAGGAGUGUGGAAGAAGAAGCUCACGUGGAAGGAAGACUGGGUGCAGGUAUGGAAGACCGUGAAGAAGGAGGCCUGGGAAACCAAAUGGAAGAAAAUUCAAGUACCAAUUUGGAAAGAAGUACAAGUGCCCAUUUGGAAGGAAGUGCAAGUGCCCGAUUGGAAAAUCAUCAAGAAACCGCAUAUAGAAGAACGUGAAGUGCCCGCCUGGAAGGAAGAAAAGGUGCCGGAGUGGAAGAAAAUCACAAAACCAAUAUGGAAAGAAAUCCAAGUGCCAGUCUGGCGUGAGAUACAAGUGCCCGUCUGGAAGGAAAUCCAAGUGCCAGUAUGGCGAGAAGUGAAAGUGCCGGUGUGGAAGGAAAUACAAGUGCCCAUUUGGCGUGACAUACAGGUGCCCGUCUGGAAGGAAAUACAAGUGCCCGAUUGGAAGCAAAUGUUUGUGCCCGAAUGGGUGAAAAUGGGUGUACCCGGCGAGAAGUACUUGGGCAAAGAUCACGAAGGUUGGGAGUAUACAAGUCACGAUUUGUGGCGUAAGAAACUCAUCUGGAAGCCGGUAUGGAAGAAAGUGUGGCGUACGGAGAAGAAACAAGAAUGGAAAACAGAAAAGAAGCAAGAAUGGAAGACCGAAAAGGUGCAAGAAUGGAAAAUAGAAAAGAAACAAGAAUGGGAAACAAAGAAGGUGCAAGAAUGGAAGACUGAGAAACAGCAAGCAUGGAAACCCGACAAGAAAUUGGAGUGGAAAAUCGAAUGGGUGCAAAUCUGGAAGCCAGUGAAAAAGCAAAUCUGGGUGAAAGAGAAGCGCGAGACAUGGGUUGAGGAGAAAGUACAAAUCUGGCGUACAGAGAAGAAGCAAGCGUGGGCCACCGAAAAGAAGCAGGCGUGGAAGGACGAGUGGAAGGCCAUACAGGUGCCCGUGUGGAAGGAGGUUAAAGUACAGGAAUGGAAGCGUGUGUGGAAGCCAGUGUGGGAGAAGGUGUGGGUGCCAGCCAGUCAUGGUUGGGACUGAGCGCGCCCGUCACAAUGUGACUGGUGCAUAAGAACCCCACUAAUUGUUAAUAAGCGUAUGCGUUGGCAUUAAGAUACACUCACUCACACACACACACACACACAUACAUAUAAACACAGUCGAAGUUUCUACGAAGCCGAAGCAAAUGCAAAAGAAGGUACAUUAAAAGGAGCGGACGUGCAGGUGCACUGACUGAUUAGAUGAUUGUUAAGCCAAUGUAAGCUCCGUUCCAGCGCUUGAGCCAACAGAAAGCGCUGUGUGUGUGUUCACAUUUUCCAUACUCCGCUAUUUAUCUGUGUAAAUAUGAAGCGCUCACCUCUUUUUUCAUACAACUGUCAGCAAGUCGUAAUGCGCGCCCAUCGUUCUUCUGUAUACUUGUAUGUACAGUUAUCCGGUGUGGCAGCAUCGUCUUUUUUUCGCAGCACUUUAUGUUGUCUUUCUCUCUUCUAUUUGAUCAUUUUUUCAAUCACUUUUCAUUUAUUAUUACAUAAUUUUGACGUGUACAAAUUAGUCAUGAUGCUAUACAUCACUUUAUUGCUAUUUUAUAUACAUACAUACAUACGUUAAUAAUAAUUGUUUGAAUUU